AUGCUGCUGUCUGGCGGCGUGUUCACUUCGCCCUAUAAGACACAUGAAGCUCAGGUUGCUUUGGAAUUCUGGCUCCGGGUGACCACUCCAGAGGAAGACGACUUUCCAGCCGAUGUAAUACGAAACAUCGUCGGAUCUUAUAUUCCACAAGCUGCAUGGCAUCUGGAUGUUGUCAGGCAUAGUUUACUCUCUGCUGCUUCGACAACCCUGUUGUUCGAGGCUCGAGCUUCGAACAUCAGCCCGGAACUCCAGUCAACUUUGUCCAAACAGUCAGCCAUUCAGUUGCACCUGGCCAUACAAGCCAUCCUCAAAGAGAGAGAACCAUCUUUGUCCACGGUCCUCUCCGCGGUGAUGAUAGCUAUUGUAUGUCUCUGGACCGGACGCUGGGAGGAAUGCAUGCGACACAUCUAUUGCUGCCGUAGCCUAGGACGUGAAAUACGCGCAAAGGGCGAGUACCUUGAAGGAGACCUCUUAAAUUCCAUCGAAGCCAUCUUCAAUGUUCUACAGCCGUAUCCGCCAAUCUCGUCCAUGACGAAGGAAGCCCGACUGGAUUACGCGGUCUCAGUCCUUAUCUCAGCCACGGCAUGGAUCGAUGGUCUUCUCCCCCAACUUGAGCAGCCACCUGCAUGUGAACCAUUGAAGGUUGCAUUACGAGCCUACCGCGUGAGGAUGAAGUGGACGUUGUGGCAAUGGCAGAAGUUCGACGGGCAGGGAAAAGAACAAGCAAGCUUAUCAAUCAGUGUCGCUGAGUCGCCCUUCGGUCCAGCAGUGGCGCAUAUGCACCACUAUCUAGACGACCAUACCGACUUUGACUUGCCCUUGCUCACGACACAGCUAACGCUCGGCUUCAAGAUGACGAUACUAUAUGCGGCCGGCGGGGAUGCUCAGAGAACGCGGGACGCGGCCAUCGCUUGCCACGCUCCGGUGCCGACACUGGCUUCAAAUCUGGCUUCAAAUUGCGUUUCAAAUUGCCCAUGA